AUGAUUUGGGCUUGUCAUAUUCGUGGUUGCGAGAUCUCCGGUGGUUUCUUCUCGACGUUUGUUUCAGUUUGUUCUGUUGGCUUCCUUCUCCUUGAGUCGAUUGCAUCGGAGUUCACACUUCCAAAUCAGAUCUUCGCGGAGGCAAGGAUGCUGCAUGUCCUGUUGUCACUUUGGGGAUUCGAUCCCGCCGAGAGUUGA